CCUGCAUGAAGGAAUAUCUACCCAUAUAUUUUUCAUUUUUCAUUUCGCGUCUCAACAAAUUUUUGCAGCUCAAAAAUUUUACUAACAAUCUUAUUAGAAUCUGAAACUAAUGGGUUUGCUGAUUGUUAGUACAAGUUUAUUAUAGUUGAUUUACCGUUAAGUUGAAAUCUCUAAAGUGUUUGAGAAACGGCUUUAAAAAUUGCUAGGUCGUAUAGUCCUUGGGCGGCAUCUAGGGGGGGUGAGACACCUUCGCCGGGCUCUGUCGUGGCCAUUGCCACUGCGAAAACUUCAUCAGGAAAAAUGAAUAAUUUGGACCACGUAAAGAAUUUCUAUCCAGAAAAUUAUAAAUUAGAUUUGUCGGAAACAAUGAAGGCUGCAUUGUCUAAAGGAGGUUCUAAUUCAGCUUCUGCUGGAGUUCCAGGGUCCGGUGUUAAUAUGCUAGCUCCUUCAGGAUCCAGCGGAGGUCACAGCUCUGAGAUGAAUACUGGUAACAGUGGUUUGUCCGGAGCCGGCUACGUAACUGAAAAAUUAUAUAUGCUAUUGCAAUUAUAUUUGCAAAACAAAGGCUGGAAUCCAAGCGCUGAAUUACUGCAAUGUUUCUCUGAUUUGAAAGAUAAUGCUAUGUUGCCUAGUGCAGCAUACUUACAAGUAUUAGCCAGCCGUUUAACCCUCGAUGCACAAGGUCGUCUUAUUUUAAGAGAAAACGGAAAGAUUGUUCUUCCCUACGAACACUUUGCUAAUGCAGUCAUGCUCAAGCACAUGUCUGGUCCUCAUGGCCUCCACCUGAGCGUCGACGCAACAGUAAGAGCCGUUAUGGAAUCCUAUACCAUAGGUCGGGAAAAUUUCGGCAUGGAAAAAGAGUUUAUAAUUGAAGUGGUUCAAUCGUGCCCCAAUGCGCCGUGCCGUUAUUAUAAAAACCAUAUUGGCAUUUCUCCGUUACCAUUUAUCGACCAACAAUUUCCCGGAGUUAAUCCUUCUGAAUUUCUUCAGCACUUGCCUCACCUACCACCACCGCCGCCGCCUACCCAUAGUUCUCAUAUAGGAAGUGGUCAAACUGUGAGUGGCGCUGGAAGCGGUCCUAAUUCAGCAGGUAGUAGUAGCUCAACUACUAGCAGUUCAGCGGGAGGUAGUGGCGAGGUAGACUUGUCUGCGAAAUCUCACAAUUCGCAUGCCAAAGUGCCCACUCAACUUCAGCAUUUGACUAAACAACAACAAAAUAAUAUACAAUCACAACUGUCUCAAAUAAGCGCUGCAGCCGCUGCGGCAGCAGCCGCGGCAGCUGCUAAACAGCAACAUCAACAACAGCAUCAUCAGCAACAGCAGCAGGCUGCCGUGGCGGCUGCGGCUGCUGCUGCUGCCGCAGCACAACAGCAACAACAACAGCAUCUCACUGCUGCACUAAUACAGCAACAAAAUCGUGCUUUAGCUCAACAAAGCUUAGAGAAAUUUAGUAGCUUGUCUGCUUUGGAAAAGCAAAGGGUUCUCUCACAACUUGAUCCUAAGCAUUUUGAUCCAACAACUAUGGCUGUAGCAGCUGCUGCCGCUAACUUGCAAAUGCAAGGUUUGAUGCAGUCCCAAGCGGCUGCUGUAGCUGCUGCUGCGGUUGCAGCUGGCCAAAAUUCAGCGGCGCAACCUUCGCCAGGUACUUCGUUAGGUCUACCAACGUCCAACAAUAAUAACACCCUAAAUCCUGGUAACAAUCAUCAUGCUGCUCAUCACCAGUUGCCACCGCCAACGCAAUCUCCAACUAUACACUCUUCACGUCAUGACAUUUCAUCUUCUACUUCCGUGCACUCGGUAGAACAAAUGGUUCAGAAAAGUGUAGAAACCUUACGUUCAAAUUUGGAAUCUUUGGAAUCCAAUAAGGAUUUACUUGCAUUACAUAAUGGCGCCUGGACUUCUAGUGGUCACGAUUCGAAUAGUAAUAAUUUGCCAGUAGGACAAGACAAGAUUAUACGUAUAUUUUCUGAGCUAAUGCGGAAUAUGUCUCGCAUUAAAACUUACAUAAGACCGUCAAUGUGCAAGCCAUACGGAAAACAAAGUGAAUCCUUGCAGAAAACUCUUGUGGAUACCAUACAAAUUAUACAAACUUUGCGCAGCUGUUUGCCAGCUCCUCACAUUCCCGUCACUUCGUGGAAGAGUGAAAGUGAAGGCAGUUCGUCAAAUAUUGGCGGUGGUGUUGUUAUCGGCGGAACCAGUGUAUCUUCAGUUGUUUGUAAUUCCAUGCUACCAGGUAAUGCCAACACUUUAAUUGGUUCUUUACCUUCCAAUCGUAUUGAAAAUUUAAGUAAUUAAGUUACCAGAUCAGGCAUUUGAAAAUCAAGGAAAUAUAAGGAAAUCAGACAUGCUUGCAUACGUAUGUGAAUGCGCGUGCGUAUGUAUGGCAAAAGGGGAAAAGAACCCUUCCUAAUAUUAUAUCAAGCAAUAAUAAUUAUAAAUUAAAGGUCAUUUGUACAGCUUAGUAUUACGUUUAAGUGGAAAGUAUUUGUACGUUUAAAUGUAUAAUAUUCAUACCCAUCACGCAAAGAUAAGGAAUUACUAGUUGGCCGCUUCCGUACUUUUUUUUUUUUUGUAUGUCCGUUAAGAGGACUUUUCGCUGUUGGAAAUUGUACAGAAACGUCGAGUCUUCUUAAAUAUUUGCUUAAUUUAAUUUUCCGAAAAUUUGAUCUGUUCACGAACUGACUCUUAUAAUGGCCAAAAGACUGAAAUUACCUUGAAGAAAAUUUUUCAUCUAAAAGUUUUAUAUAUAUGCGGACGUAAACGUAUUUCAAUAAUUAAAUAUUAAUUUUAAAACGCAAGUUCGUAUUAACUCAAAAAUUAAAUUUUCGACUUUAAGUGAUGAGUAUUUAAGAUUCGUUCUAAAGCGAAUAUAACUUUUUUACUUAUUUAAUUCUAUCUUGUGCACAACAACAACUUUUGCAAGCGAAUGCAAAAGAAAAAAAUAUUGCGAAUAAUUAUUUCGCUUGUUCUCUCAAACGCUUAGAAAAUAAUAGAAUUAAUCAUAAUCAAGAGAAAGGUAAGAAAGGAAUAGUAGCAAUGAAAUAUUUAAAUAUAUAGGUAACCACAACAUAUCGUUACCAAUGUAACAAAAUCACAAGGAUACAAGGGUUUGUCAACUAUAUGUAGCGCAUGGCAAUAUGCAUCGGAGAUUCGUUAAAUUAUAAUUACACUUGACCAUUCUAAAUAGUGAAAUAAAUUUAUCCCUAUUUGUUCUUUGACGAACUUAUGAAUACAAACUUGGAAGUAGAAUAACCAGUUAGAAGGUUUUUGUGUCCAAGCCUCCUGUCAGGAUAAUUUUACAAAUUUUUCAAAUCGGUUUACAGUCAGAAAUAUAUCGUUUGUAGUGAGAAAUAUAUCGGAUCCAAAGCAAUUGCGGUCAAUAGUGUUCGAUGUUGGACCAAAACAUAUCAGUGUACUAAAUUUCUAUAAAGCAUCUCGAAAAUUGUGAUCCGUUGGGUGUACUUAAACAUAAGAGUACAUGGACAUAUAUCAGCAGUUAGAUUGGUGGAUAGACAAGUUCCUGAAUCGAUUGGUAUAAUAAAAGUUUGAUGGAGUCUAUCUCAAGUCUUUCUGA